AUGAAUCAGUUCGGUCAAGUCUCUAUCGAGCGCGCUGGAGACAGUUACAAACAUAUCGACACUAAAGAAGUUUUUAUGAUUCCUGAUAAUCUUCAAAAAACACUUGAUGAUCAACGUUUUCUUGCGUUCGAUGUUGAUAUUGGUUCAAGAAUGCUUGGUUUUUGUUCUCAUGAAGGUCUUUUUCGAUUGUGCAUGAGUUAUGGUGUACAGUUAUUGCCUGCUACAAUAAUGACUGAUUUUAAGGACGGCGCAAUUCAGGUGAGUAUGCUGAUAGCUACUGAUACCUAG